GAAGGAGUCUUCUCAUCUCUCCCAGUGGGUCCACUGAUCACCAGGCCUGCAGUUCCUGAAAUGUGGAGGAAAGCAUUUCAUCCUGUAAUUCAAGUAAGAAGGAAGACUGUAUGAAGGGAAGCUGGUUCUGCCAAAGGCAAACUAGACUCAUGCUAUUGCCCGUUGAUGUGAAUCCUUCCAGGCCUUUCCAUGCACGUGCUGUGUGUGUGUGUUUGAACAGUUGUGACAUUUUUCUCUCAUCCCAGCUGUGUGGACAGUGCCACACGCCCUCCGAACAACAACGGCUCUUGCAUGCAUAUUUCAGUGUCUCUUUUGUCAGAGAGCCCAGCAGAGCCGCGGUUCUUCCGGUGCCAGCCCUGAGCUGAGCGAGGAGUGCCCUGCCGAGAUGGUGAAGAUGACAAAAUCCAAAACUUUCCAAGCUUAUCUGCCAAACUGUCACCGAACGUACAGCUGUGUCCACUGCAGAGCCCACCUGGCCAAUCAUGAUGAGCUGAUCUCUAAGUCUUUUCAGGGAAGUCAGGGACGAGCCUACCUCUUCAAUUCUGUGGUGAAUGUGGGCUGUGGCCCCGCUGAGGAGAGGGUCCUUCUUACUGGCCUGCACGCGGUCGCAGACAUCUACUGUGAAAACUGCAAAACCACGCUCGGGUGGAAAUAUGAACAUGCCUUUGAGAGCAGUCAGAAAUAUAAGGAAGGAAAAUUUAUUAUUGAGCUUGCCCACAUGAUCAAAGACAAUGGUUGGGAGUAAAGUGAAAACUUUGUUCUCUUCUGAAUCCUAUUUUGUGAAAGAAACUGUAAAUGUAACGGAAACCUAGGAGCAUCCUGGAUGACAGUAUUUCUUGAACUUUGAACUUUGUAGGCUGGCCUCUCCCAGCUGUUCUGGUGGUAAGGUGUCCCCUCAGCCUCUGUCCUGUUCAUGUACAUGGCUGUUUCCGAAAUGUUUCAAUGACCUUUUCUUCUCAAGUUCCAGAGAAUUAACCAACUGAUGACUUACCCGUCUAGUUAAUACCUUCUUUUAACCUAUGCCUUUACAAUAGAGUUUGGUUGUGCUCUUUCACGUUUGAUAGAAAACCAAACUGAAUUUCUGCGGACUACAGGGUUAGGGUCUUUUUAGAGAAUAAGUUCAUUCCUCUCUUUUGGAAUGAGGGUACUAUAACCCACUUUUUUCCCCUAAUUCGUGAAACUACAAAUGGACUGUUCCUCUUGCAGAUGAACUGUUAAGGCAUAGUGCUCAUUUAAGAAUCUUCCAGAAGCAGCCAAUGAAUCUAUAUGCCAAGGGACCUUUUUCUUUUUUAAGCUUUGCUCAAAAACAGAAGACACCACUGAUUACAUUUUAGAUAAGCUAUAAAUAGACAAAUAUGCCUAAUGGAACAUCUUGUUUAUUUAAGCCAACAGCUUCCCUAUCUAGAAAGCAAGCAUUAGCAAAGACUAUUCCAGGGGUCUGCAGGGGCACGCUAUUUAGGCUGCAGUCCGGCAGGGCCCUGGCGGUGGGGCUUCUGCAUCAGUUGCUGAGGGUGGGUGGUCCACAGAGUUAGAGUUUAACACACUGGACCGAGUAAAAUCGGAUUUCCUUUUCUACUCUGAUGUACUUGAAGAAAAAUAAUUACUUUUGCAUAUGAAAGAGGCCAGAACGAUCAGGAUAAACUUCCAAACUUGAGAUUUG